GUGCGGCGACGCGUGCUGGGCGCGCGUCGGCGACCUGGGCGAGGGCCUGCAGGGCGAGCUGCGGGCCGGGCUCUUCGACCGCCUGGCCCAGCUGUGCCCCUACCCGGCGCAGCGGCUCGCCGAGUGGGAGGGCCAGGACCCCCUGGACGGCGACCUGGCCAGGUGGGCGGGCGCCGAGGAGGCGUUCCUGCGGGACGGCAUCGCCGUGGUGGACGACUUCCUGACGCCGGGGGCACUGGCGGAGCUUUGGCGCUUCUGCCAGGAGGCCCCGUGCUUCCGCUCGCUGCGGCCCGGCUUCCUGGCCGCCUUCCCGGCCGACGGCUGCCUGCACCCCGCUCUCCGCGGUGCCGCGGAGGCGCUGGAGGCGCGCCUGCCGCGGGUGCUCGAGGGGCGACCGCUGGCUCGCUGGUGGCUCUUCAAGUACUGCUCUUCGGAUGCUCGUUCGGGGGGGCCCUGCCCAGGACGAUGCGGCGGUCAACGUGAACCUGUGGCUCACGCCGGACGCGGCCCGCCGCUCCGGGGGCGGGCUGGAGGUCUUCCGGGCUGUGCCUCUGCGCGGAGCCGCGGCGCAGGAGUUCAACCAGGUCGCGCCCUCGGGGCGCGAGGCGGCGCCGACCCGCGCGGCGCUGGCGGCCGGAGGGCGGGACCUCGUGGCGUACCGGCAGAACCGCGCCGUGCUCUUCGUCUCGGACCGCUUCCACGCCACGGAGCCCUUCUCGGAGGGGGGCCGGCCCCAGGCGGCCUCGAGCCGUGA